GCGAAGAAAACAUGGAAAGAGUGGACACUAAACAGGAUUGUGCAGUUGACCGAGGAAGCUCAGUUAAGUAAACCAAAGCUUCAGAGGUGGUUGGAUAACUUUGGAGAGCAGUAUAGCAAGGUUGUGGUACUCCUGUCCAUUUCUGUUGCUGUUAUGGGACCUUUUCUUUUCAGGUGGCCACUCAUUAGUUCCUCAG